AGUCCUCGCUGCUUCAUGCGCAUUAGCAACGACCGAUCAGCAGACAGCAGAGCUGGAAAGAUGGCGGCCGGUUCAGGGGCUGCAAGCGGGCACGGAGCCCGCAGCUCCAACGCUGGUCUGGAAGCCUCUUUGGACCGACGGUUUCAAGGAGUAUCCAACACUAUGGAGUCGAUACAGGGACUUUCAAACUGGUGCAUUGAAAACAAAAAGCACCACUGCCUCAUCGUUCGUCACUGGAUGAAGUGGCUCAAGAAAUCUGACAACAAUCACCGCUUGAAUCUCUUCUACCUUGCGAACGAUGUGAUACAGAACUGCAAAAGAAAGAACGCCAUUGUGUUUCGUUCCGCCUUUGCAGAAGUCCUUCCUAAUGCUGCUCAGUUCAUCAGAGAUGUGAAGGUCCGCAAGUCAGUGGAAAGGAUUUUUACAAUUUGGGAGGAGAGGAGCGUGUAUCCUGAGGACGUGAUCGCCCAGUUCAAAGCUGGCAUGAACAAAAAGGAAAAGGAGCGAGAAAAACAAAAGGAAAAGGAAAAGUCAAAGGAAAAGGAAAAGUCAAAGGAAAAGUCAAAGGAAAAGGAAAAGGAAAAGGAAAAGGAAAAGGCAAAGGACAAGGAAAGAGAAAAGGAGACUCCACCGGCAACAGCUUCUGCCAACACCAAAGCUGCCCUGAAGUCCAAGAUUGUAGCAGAGUUCACACCCUACUCCCUCAUUGAGCAGUUGUCGAGAUAUAAGCGAGCAGUCGCAGAAGAAGAGUUAAGGGAGAAGCAGCUAGCAGCUCUAAGGGUGGAUGUCUGCAGCACGGAGGCUCUUAAGAGACUAAAAGACAAGGCAGGUGGGAACAAGUUUGCGAAGGACUUUGAGGAUGGCAGCUUGAAGCUGCAGGAGUUUGUCAGCUUCAUGGAGAAGGAAUUGAAAACAGGGCCUCCUCUGCUGGAAGCUUUGGGAAAUGCGGACAUUUUCUAUGAGAUGCAGUACAAGGAGGUUAAGAUCGUGGCGAAUGCAUACAAUGCCUUUGCCAAUCGCGUGGGCAGUCUUAAAAGGAAAUUGGAUUCCCUCAAGUUGACUCUACCUGGACCUGAGGACUCUCCCAUUCCCUCACCCUCUGAAGACGCCCCCUCUCCCACUGGCUCUGACUCCCCCAUUCUGGGACUGGGGGCUAGCAGGGCCCAGGUGGAUCCAGAGCUGGAUGGCAAGGCCAUGGAUGAUGGAGAAAUACCCAGUGACAACAGAGAUAUGGAGGACAUGGACUUGUCUGAUGAAGAGGCUGUCGCUGCCACAGCAGAAGAAGAUGACAAGAAGGACAAGACAUCCACUGCUGUUGCCAAGUCAGAUGCGGCAUCAAAGCCUCCCACCACACCUACGAAAGUGUCUAAGAUCAACACUCCUGCUGCUGCCACAGCGGCACCAGUGACUCCCACCGCUGCUGCUGCUGCUGCUGCUCAAAAUGCCCCAACAACCCCGAUGGGAGUCAAUCUGGAGAAGGUGGACCUAGGAAAGAUCAGCUCCAUUCUCAGCUCACUCACAUCUGCCAUGAAAAAUACAGCAGCUAGCCCAUCACCUCGGCCGUCUCCAGGAACACCCACCACUCCCUCUGGCCAAUCAACAGCCUCCAAAGCAACCUCUUCAAGCCCUCACCUGGCCAGCAUCCUGUCACGUGUUGACAUCACACCAAAAGGCAUACUCAAUGCUCUGUCUAAAACUAACACACCAGGUUUGUCCUCUCUCCUGCAAAGUGUGACAAACAGCACCUCCGCUCCUUCCACUCGAACCUCUCCAGAAUCAUCAGCAGUUAAAAGCAUGCUCAGCCCAACCACCCCUAAAACAAAACCCACUCUGGGCAACAGCCUCAAACGAGACACACCUGGGAGAACCAGAGACUGGGAGAAGGCUAGACCUCUGUCCCCUCCUCCUCCACCCCCUCCUCGUCUCUCAGCUUCUUCUGUCUCUCCCCCCAGCCUAGAAUCCAAAAUCAACAGUUUCCUGCAGGGUAAUCCAGGUUUUAGUCUUGCUCUAGGUGAUGUCAGUCCUGAAGGGGUGGAUGGGACCCCAGUAAGAGAUGAGGCUGCUGGCACACCCACCCAGGAUGAGAUCAUGGACACACCUGGGAGUGUGCCAGAAUCUUUAGGGUCAUCUGGGGGCCAUAACCUCUCACCCACAGCCUACCGCAGCGAACCCUGGGAUGCUGUGAUCACCCCGUCAGGAAGCAACAGCAAUGGAGACUUUCUGGCCUCUUCCUCCUCUUCCCGGUAUGGAGCUGGAAAAAAGAGCAGCACCAAAUUAAAGGACGAUGAAGUGAUAAAUGUGAGAAAGCAGUUCUCCUCCUCCCCCGGUAAUGACAUGAAGGGUAAGAAAGAUGGACAACACGGCCAGAUCAGGAUGAUGGGAAACAACAGAGGGAUUGGAGAAAGGAGACUCUCUGCAGGUUCUCGUAAGGCCAGCAGCAGCUCAGAUGAUGGAGGUCUUAGUGGUAAAAGAGAGGGAAAAAGUCAGGCGUCUCCAGGUGGGGAUGGGAAUGAGGGUCAGUACCAUCGUAUUGAGACACUAGUGUCACCCUGCACUGAAGGGGCCCCCAUCCAAACUCUAGGCUACUCGAACCGCCCACUCGCUGGCGAGCGCAUCAAGACGGUAGAGAGCAUCCGUGUGAUUGGCAGAGGCUCUCGGCGAGGGGAAGGUGCUGGCGGUCGGCCGGGAGGAGCGAUGUGGUACGAAGAAGAGGAAUACAUGGAAGCUCCCUCACCCCAUGCUGCCCCCCCUCCUCUUAACAUUGGCACUGAGGACAGGACCCCAGCCAUGCAUCCUCCUCCUCCGCAUCUCCUCCUCCCACAUCUCCACCCUCCUCCGUCCCAUCCUCACGCACAUCCUCCUCCCCUAGCUCAGUUCCAAAUGCCCUACCACACGGAGAACAUUCAGGCUCCUCCUCCGUCACUCCUCCACCAGCAUCCUCCUCCUCAAUCCCAUUUCUUCAGCCCUCCUCCACCGAUCCCUCGACCCCCUCCACCUCCCAUACCACAGCGCCCUUCCCCUCCACCUUCUCACCACGCUGUGCCCUCUGCAGUCAUGGUGGGGGGAAUGUUGGUCCCUGUGGACCGUCCCCUCCCUCCCUCUGUCAGACCUGAAGGUGUAGAGCGAGGUGGCGGAGGGCCCAGAGGAAGCAAAAUGGCCCCUCCACCCCUCAUGUCAUCAUUGCUAGGUGAGCCCCCUAAGCUGCACCGUCCUGGCACAGUUAAAGAGGCUUUUGUCCCCCGCCAUGCACUCCCUCUCCACCGCGUAGGUACCCCUGGUGUUCCUCUACCCUUACUGGGAAGAGUUAAAGAGCCUCUGAAUCUACCCCUUCCACCCCCCUCUCCCACAUCCUCCACACCCUCUCCCUCCACGCCUAAUUCCCCUGCAGUCGAAACGCUUCCCAGUCGCCCCACUUCUCAGUCCGCUCCCCCUCCUCUCCAAAAGUCCCCCACUAGUCCUCCAGCUCAGCCCCGCAAUCAAACCUCUAACCCUGUUCCCCUCCUUAACUUGCCCAGUCCUCGACCCCCGAUCCUCUCAGUCCCAAUCCCACAAAGACCUCUGCAGCGAGGCCGAACCACCUCUCAGCAGUUUAACCAAGAUCGCCACAUGGGGGGAUUUCGUGGGGGAAAGCGGUCCGGUCCUCCAUUCACAGGCAGUCCCUUCCAUGCGCAGAAGAGACCCUUCCUACCCCCACGCUACUGAUGUGGUCAUCUAACACAUGCUGAAUGAGAAGUGGAAGCGCCCUGCACUGAAGUGCAGAGUGUGUGUUAGCCCUGCUGGUAUGAGCCCAGAUAUCUUUACUCUGUUAAUUAGCUUGAAUUAAAACUACCAUAGGUUGUGUGUAAA